AACUUAUCUGAAUCUCUACCCUCAUAAUACAAGUACAAGGUGGAAAGCAUGGCUUUGGAGAAGAACUCAAGAGGCCUCAGCAAGUCAUGUAUUCUCAUCAUAGUGGUGGCGAGUGUGGAGAGGUUUGCGUACAAAGGUGUGGCCUCCAACCUGCUGAGCUACCUCACUGGCCAUGUGAAGAUGAGCACCUCCUCAGCUGCCAAGAGCGUCAGCACUUGGAUUGGAGUCACUUCGAUGCUCCCUCUCGUGAGCGCCAUCCUCGCUGAUUCCUACUGGGAUCGCUACUCCACCAUCAUGGCCUCUUCCUUGCUCUACGUCAUCGGACUAGUGGGAUUGACCUCAUGGGCGCUGCUAUGUGCAUGGAUGCCGACCUCUUCCUUGUUCCUUCCCCUCUACUUGAUCUCCAUAGGACAAGGAGGAUACAACCCGUCGUUGCAGGCAUUCGGAGCAGAUCAGCUGGAGGUAGACGACGACCAUCUGCCAUGCAGCGAGGAGGAAGGGAAGAGCGACAAGAAGAGCUUGUUCUUCCAGUGGUGGUACUUCGGCAUCUGCAGCGGCAGCCUGCUGGGGAACUCCGUCAUGUCCUACAUCCAGGACACCUUCGGCUGGGGACUGGGCUUCGCCAUCCCCACUGCCGCCAUGGCCAUCUCCGUGGCUUGCUUCCUCUGCGGCUCUCGCUUCUACGUCAACAAGCAGCUCAAGAUCCCCAACAGCCCCAUCCAAAGCAUCAUCCAAGCGGUGAAGCUCGCCGUGACGAGAGGGGCCAAAUCCAAAACCCUCAGCCUGCCUCCCGGAGACGAUGCUGUGGAGCUCGAGCUGCAGGAGAAGCCUCUCAGAGAAGACUCGGAUCGCUGCGACGACAUGGCUGGCGAAGCACCCGGCGUGGCCAAGACUAUACUGAGGCUCCUCCCCAUAUGGACGAUGCUGCUUAUGUUCGCAGUCAUCUUCCAACAGCCGGUGACCUUCUUCACCAAGCAGGGCAUGAUGAUGCGACGCAGCAUCGGGAGCAGCUUCGUGAUCCCUCCCGCCAUGCUCCAGAGCGCCAUUACCAUCUCCAUCAUACUGAUCAUGCCGCUGUACGACAAGCUCAUCAUCCCCUUCCUGCGCCUCCUUACUCGGCGGGAGAAGGGGAUCGACGUGCUCCAAAGGAUCGGGAUCGGGAUGUGCGUCUCCAUCGUCGCCAUGGUUGUGGCGGCAGUGGUCGAAUCCAAGAGAAGAACACACGAAUCACUGCGAGUGGACUCACAGCGCCUGACCAUCUUCUGGCUGCUGCCUCAGUACGUUCUCCUGGGGAUCUCCGAUGUGUUUACGGUGGUCGGCAUGCAGGAGUUCUUCUACAUGCAGGUGCCUACCACCAUGCGAACCAUCGGAAUAGGUCUGUACCUCAGCGUCUUCGGCGUGGGCAGCUUCCUCAGUGCUCUGCUAAUAUCAGUCCUGGAGCUGACGAGCAACACAAGGGGGAAGAGCCAUGGCUGGUUCUCUGAUGAUGCGAGGGAGGCAAGGCUGGACAAGUACUACUGGAUCUUGGCAUUGUUGAGCUCCAUUAGCUUUCUCAUGUUUGCAUACUUGUGUAGAUACUACAGUCAUUGAUCAGAAUGCUUCCGAAAGCUGACCCAGAAGAGUAUUAGCUCCUCAGUUAAAAGGAUCUGAUCUUUGUGAAUUUGUGAUGCAUGCAGGUUGAGCAUUUUGGAUCUGACACCUUUUCUUUGUACAUUUGGUGUAAGGGUUGUUGGCUGCGUGUAGAAUUUAAAGGAGAAAGGAGAGAAGAUAGUAGAAAUGAGGAGUACAUUCAAUCUGA